AUGACCGCUACAUCUGGAGGCUCCUGGAUCUGUGCUAUCUUCGAUGAGAUUGCUCUUGAGGGCCUGCAGGGGGUGACACUGCCUUAUCUAUGGGAACUACUAGCGAAGCGUCUGUGCGGCCCCUCCUCACCGCUGCCGGACCGCGUGCGGGAGCAGGCAUGGGCGCUACUGCUCCGUUCCCAGCCUCAAAAGGUCGAGUUCUUUGAGCUACCAGAACCGCGACCUUUUCUGCCCUAUUAUGAUCGCGAAAACGACAUAGACCCUGAAACGGGCAUGCCUGUGGUUCAAGACGAGUGUCCCUUCAUGUUAUAUACCGCGGCUUUCGUGCAGGAGGACGGCGUAAUGGGCAAUUGUACGGACUUUAAAACCCGUAAACCAAUUCUAUCCAGUGAUCUAAGAGCUCAGACCGCUGCCCAGGCUACCGAGCAUUGGGGCGGCAAACUAGUUAUUGUUGCUUCGCAGGAGCUUCGCCAGGCGGCGUUGACACCAGCGCACAUGAUGCUGCCUCAGAACAUGCCCCUGGCAUACUAUGUUUUCCUGGAGGCCAUUGGUCGUUCUCGGCACAGCGGACUCACCACAACGGGUCCUUGGUCUCUUAUUAAUUACACCAAGGACCCUGGUAUUGUGUUCUACAUCAAAAACAAGCUACUGGGCCAACAGUUAAUUACUUCCCAGGCCUACCAUGAAAUUAACAAAGGUCGCGCCCUAAUGUCCUCGCUUCUGCAUUUACCACGAUUUUAUCGCAUAUACAAAAACAAAUCACUGGAAAGCCUUGGGAAGCUGUACUUGGCAAUUAUGGAAACAAGCAGUCGCCAAGUGCCCGUGUCGCAGAUUGCCGCAGUGCUGGGAAAUCCUACCCAUUUCAAAGUGAAGAAGCUGCUGGUGACACACACCUUUCGAAAGUUCUUUGAGACCAAGCAGGUGGAAAUGUCUGUGCCAGUAAUGACCAAGACGGGCAAGUUGUCCAAGACAGCAAUCCGCAAAGUGACCGUCGCACAAUUGCGAAACCCCGAACUGCAGUUGAGGGAUUUCUACAAGACCGACGAAAUCGAGGAGAAGGCGACUCAAAUUGAGUUCCUUGACCUACGCCAUUGUUACCUAGACAUGCCACCGGAAGAAGAGGUGUACCGGGCCGUGGCUCGAUUUGGCAAACGUGGACUAACGAGUCAUGAACUAUCCCAGUAUACGGGUAUCAAUGCCCUCACUAUGCGCCACUUCGUCAAGCAGUUGAAAAAGUCGGGCCAGAUCAAAAUGUACUCGGACCAGGUGGGGAAGAGCCGUCAUUUUCGCUUUAUGGCCACAAGUCAGUUUGAGGAAGAUGUCAAGCUUAAAGAUGCAAUGAAUCACAAAGAGCUACCAGUUAGAUGCAUGGACGAGCCGAAUGUACCCAAGCAGUCAGAGAUUCCGAUUAAGGAUAUACCAGAUAUAAUUACCCAUUCGCGACCAAUGGUGUUUAGCGUAAAAAGAACUAAGUCAAGAAACCAGACGCUGCGCCACAUAAACCGUCGAAAGGUGAUUGUUCGCCUGAUUGACAAGCACUGUGUGGUGCCCUUACAUCGGUUGCAAAAGUGUCUUCAAGAGGAGGAACGCUUGGCCGGCUAUACGGACAACCUGUGUCGGCGAUCGUUGCAGCGGCUUUUACGCCCCUUAGUGGAUGCCCAUGUGUUGAACGUGUUUGAGAUCACCAUGCAGUACAAAGAGCGUGUCCGAGUCUUUCGCUUUGCCACACACCCAAAAAUCGGAAUUGACCACUCGUUUAUGCAGCGCGAGAUCCUGAAGCUUAAGAGCAAUAUGCAUUUGAUAUCCGAAGAACGCAUGCACCGGCUAUCUGAUCUAAAGCCAAAGGAGCGCAGUGAGGUUAUCGCUCGGAGAAAACUAGUUUUGGAACGACCUGCCAGCUUAUCAGCCAUAAACAAGAUUCAGGCUCCCAAGCUCCUCCUGGCGCGGACGCUGCACGAGUUCCUCUAUUAUGCGGUGCAUGAGAUUCCGCCAGACCAAAAACCACUGGACAUGACUCCCGAACUAGCACAAAAAUGGCAGAAGUCUGAGCCGGAGCUGCAGCCACGCCAGUUUCUGGAAGAGUGGCAAGCCGAGGCCAAAGAGGAGGGAAACAUCCCGCCUUAUACCGAGGAAAUAUCCUGGCGGACCUUUAUUCCUCCACUGCCGGUGUAUGAGAACAGGCCCAAGGGUUGGGUCUACUUCAUAGACGCCAUGCAAAGGAUGCCGCUGUCGCUCUUUCAGCGCAUCUGCCGCAUCGAGCGCGAUGCCAACGAUCAACUGCGUCCGCAGUUGCAACACCCGGUCCGUCAGCACUAUUUACUCUCGCAACUAAAACGGGAUUCGACCGUGUCGCGGCUGAAGUUGCAACAGCUUUAUGUGGGAAUUCUAAGGCUGCUAAAUAACAUGGGUCUGAUCCAGGUUAGCGAGGGCAAGCUAGGACGAGACGUACUGCAGCGUUGGGUGUAUCUAAAUCAGCGCACCUGCUUGUUGGAUACCACAUCCAGCACCGAACAAAACUACAUGCAGGUCAGCACCGAACGCUCGUACACGCGGCUCAAUUUUGAGUUCUCCAGCGCGGAUCAAGUGGGCCACUAUUGGGCUAAGCUGCAACAUAUCUGCAUUUACACCAAGCUGGGUUACCGCAAAGUCCUGACCUCGCAGAAUAGAAAGAGCCCGCUGCGAUUCAAAGCCCUAACGUUUCUGCCCAGCGUGGACUUUGACCAAGCCUUAGAGAUGGACAAUGGAACGGUGCCAGGCGAUCAUCUUGGAGCUGCUGGUUUGAGCUCCCAGUUAUUUGCCCACCAAUUCCGCCAUUGGACGUGGGUUCAGCACCAAAACGGAGGAGGCGGAAAGUCAAGACGAAUACUUCGGGAGAGGUUGAGAAAGCCAAUCCCUGGACGGAAGCGUACGACCUUCACACGCUUGAAAGGCGGUCCGCGUUUGGCAGGCCGAAAACACGGAGUAGGGCUGCCUAACGACGUAACUAAGAAGAGAACCAGUGGGCCACGCGACGAUAUCGAUCGGGAUGCGUUGCGAAACAUGCGCACGCUUCGUGUCAAAUGGACGCCCGAGGAAGAUCGCCUGCUAAAGAUGGGUCGGGCUGUCUACAUGUUCAUCGACGCACCCACGGUGACUUUGGCCUUGUGUGACUUGGGCCUUGUCUGCCGCGAUGUGAUCCGACGCUUUUUAGGUAUUUGCAACAAAACAACGCAGGCCUGCGUGCGUAGAGUCCAGUUCCUAGUUAAGAUGAGGCGCGAAAUCCCGGAUGUACCCAGCAUGAUUCAUGCAAUGCAAACACAGCCGGAGUUUCACACGAUCUACAAUGAUACUUUCUUGGCUCAGCUGAAGCGGGAGUAUCCGAAUAAGAGCGAGUUCCAAGGGGCAUUGAUGACGCACUUUGCCCUUUUAAUGGGAAAGCUCCAACGGAUGACCGCGAAAUCGCAAGGGUUUCUCAGCAAGCAGUUUUUAUUGCCUGAUUUUUUGGACAACUUCGGCAGUCAACAACUAAACGAGCUUCACUUUACGCAAGAAGACCAGCAACUAAUCCACCAGGAUCCUGUUAACGAGACGGAACUCCAGGUGGCCGUCGCUCACAGCGUUCUGCAUAGUACUGUCUGCUGCGUCAAAGACAAAACGCUGCUGAAUUUACAAACCUUUGAGAUCUAUAAACACUUCUCCGAGGAGGUGCUUAACGCGGCUUUCAACAAGGCGCGAUCAGACUCAAUGCUAGUGGCUGUUAAGCGACGCAACAUCCAGUCAGCGUCCAGUCGCCAAAUCACAGGACCAGGCCACUUGCUCAGUUCCAAAUACAAGUACCGCUUGGUCUACACUAAGCUGACACACUUAGUAUACGAUGCCUUCUUUGCCUUGGCACAGAAAUUGCGGUCUGGCCAAGAGCAACAGCAGCUAGCUUCACCGCACUUUGCCCAACUGCUUCUCAUAGGGGAGUGUUUGGUGGGGAAUAAGAUGCGACUUUCACUACAGCUGCCCGCCAACAUCCUAACCGUGGAUAUCUCAACCAUGGGCAAGCAAAGCGGCUGUCCAUCAGACCGUAUUUUGGAUCACUACAGCUGUAUAUUUGACAAUGCCCCGCAGACAGAGUACGCCAAGCGGUUGGAGGGCGAGUGUAGCAGUACCAGCCGACAAGUUUCUCGCGUUCGAUUCCAUCCCGCAAACAUGAGCUACCGCCUGCCUGCUAGUGCAUACAACCAGCUCUCCAAGCUUCCGAUGCGCGCCAUGCACUUCUUUUGCGCCUUGGAUGCUUUAGGCGAGGCUAUCACUAUCAGUCCCUCUCGGCUGGAGCAGGGCGACUGUCCAUUCGCCAACUGUAUUAUGCGCAGCGGCAACUAUCUAAACGCUGUGGAGCGAAUUGCCCACGAGCAGCGACCAAUUCUACGGCAGCUCGUGGCCGAUGCUCUGCCAUCUUCACAGCAUUUUCAAUUGGAAUCCCAGCAGGCGGGCACUGCCCUCACCGUGAGCACCUCUAAUCUUCUGCCCUUCGCCCAGCAGCUAGAGAAGCACUGGCGGCGGCAGCAGCAGCUUUUAGAACUUAAAGAUUUGGGAAAGAUCCUGGCCGAGCGAACACUGAAUAAUAUCACUGACUGGCGAUCCAUUUGUGCCGAGCUGCUUGAUGACGAUGAACCCCAUUCGUGGGAGGUAGACCGCUCCCAAGAGUAUGAGCCAGCGUUGAACAAAGAAGAGCGUGCUCGGGCCCAAGACGUAUUCGUUGUCCAUCUUCCUACCAUUGGCAUUGAGCUCGUCGAGAACAAGGACCUGCAACAACAGACAAAGUUGCAGAUGGACAACUUGAGAAAUUUGGUUUUGAAAAAAGUGGAAAAAGCCACGUACUGGAAGUAUACUGAGAACACAUUCAAGACCCUUCAACCGAUUCUUCAAGAGCGAAAGUAUGACUCUCAUGCCAUCCGCCACAUGGAAGAUAUUCUAAACCACAUUGAACAGCAUCAACUUGGUGUGCAGGCCCUACAGUUGCGCAGUAUCUUUCCCCUUGGUGACUUCCUUUUAGAGACACUCCAUCUGUUGGCUGAUCACGAUCUAGUGAAGCGUGUGGGCGUGUCCAGCCACAUGUAUGUGCACAAGAAAUAUAUCCGUAAUUGGGUUGUUCACACGUUCCAUAUAAAGCGGUUGCAACGGGAGAGAAUGCAGGGCCAGGAGGCUCGUCCAGUCGCCGUUAGUCACAAGCGCAAUCUAGACGCAUUGGGUACGAUGGGCACUUUCAUGCCUCCUGACAAAAAGAUGAAGCUGAUGGAGCAGAUAAGUAGCACAGGGAGCGAGAGUGAUGAUGAAGCAGAAGGAUCGAAACCCAAGCGAUCCGCAAGGGUCUCUUCUCGAAAGUCAAACGUCAUCGCUGAAACUAAAACUAAUCCACCAUUAGAUACUUCACGGGACGCCAUUGCGAUGAGGCCACAGCCAUGGAUAAGGGUAAACGCAUCGCUCAAUCGUCGCGUUCUGGAUCGGUGGCUCGGCGCUAUUCUCAGUGAAAGCAUUUCACGUGUCGGAUGUACGGUUCACAGUUUGUUUCUGAAAUUCUCGCAUAUGGUACCGGUUGAUAUCAUGUUUCUUCUGGAGCUCCUAGGAGAUCUAGGUUGCAUUUACCUCAUGGAAAUAAGGCCUCAAAAGGUGCACGUGGAAAUGCUUCUAGAUAAUGAUGAACAGGAAGGUGAGGAACUGCCAGCUACCGAAAUCUAUGAUCCGAUGCAGACUUAUAUUAAAGUGCACAGCGAUGCAGUUGGCCGUCUCACCAACUUUAUCGGCCAAAAGAAAUAUAAUACUGAAUUCAUUUAGCUAUUGUAUAACAUAACAAAUAAGAUAACUUGAUUAAAAAUGUUUUAAGCGUUCAAACUUGUCAUAGUUAUGAUUAUUUUCCCCUUUUGUAAUAAUUUUUAACUGAAUUCUAAAUUAAAUAAUUUCAAUCUGAAGUUUGAAACGCAGUGAAUCACUUCUCUUUCACUGUAAGUCACAGUCUAUUUUAAUAUUUAAAUUGAAGCUGGUCAAGGAUCGACUGUGUACACAAAAAUUUAUAGUUUUUAUAAAGUGCGCCGAAGGAUUGGAUACGAAGUUGAAGUAUUUACUUAUUUCUAAGGUGAUUUGUAAUAUUAUCUAGUAAGAAUAUAAAAAUCAAUUUGAUAAUA